GGGUCCCGACAAAGCCCCGCCCAGGUCCGGUUUGCUCUGGCUCGGCUUCUUUCCUGCGGCUGCGCAGUGGCACGUCCCGCGCUCAACUGGCUCAAGAUGGCAGCGUCCGCAUGCCUCCGCCGGCUGGGGCCGCAGGUGCUGCGGGUUUGCAGCCAGAAGCCGCCAUGCGCCUGGCGCGCUCUGCACGCCUCAGCUGUCUGUGCCAAGAACCGGGCGGCACGAGUGCGCGUGAGCAAAGGGGACAAGCCGGUGAACUACGAGGAGGCGCUCGGCCCGCACCAUAUCGCCCACCGGAAGGGCUGGCUGUCGUUGCACACUGGUAACCUGGAUGGAGAGGACCAUGCGGCAGAGCGAACCCUAGAGGAUGUUUUCCUUCGUAAGUUCAUGAUGGGCACCUUUCCAGGCUGCUUGGCUGACCAGAUUGUCCUGAAGCGCCGGGCAAAUCAGUUGGACAUCUGUGCCCUGAUCUUGAGGCAGCUGCCGCCAUACAAAUUCUACUUCCUUGUGGGCUACAGUGAGACACUACUGUCCUACUUUUACAAAUGUCCUGUGAGACUCCACCUCCAAACUGUGCCCUCCAAGGUCGUGUAUAAGCAUAUAUAGCAGGAUGCCCUUUCUUACAUCAAGCUGUAGCCUGCAAAGGUCCAAAGUGUGGGAAAGAAGCAGAGUCAGGGGAAGUGGCUGCCCUAAGGUUGGAGACCUCAACUCCAGGCCGCUGUUGAAUAAAGGGCCUGUUGUCUUGCCUCUCUGUCUUUUCCUUGUGGUGUGGGAGCAUGAGUAAGUUUCUUGGAAGGUGCUUUGAGGUGUGCAGGGAGGCUGCUGCUGCCUCCCAAGUGCAUGGAUUAAAGGCAUGCGCCACCAGUGGUG